AUGAUCAUUGUGAGUAAUUUAAGGUUCGUGAGGGCUCGUUGGGAACGAGGCUGCCUAAAGGAUCUCUAUCACAGGCGAGUUUUAGCUGGAGCUGAUCCCAUGUUAAGUCGAUCUGCAUAUCCGAACUGGUUAUUCAAUCAUUACUUUUCAACUGACGUAACAUCAAAAUUAUGGCUACCGCUCGAGACAAGCGUUGAUAUAUCGACGUCUGAUUACAAAUCAAAUGAUAAAGCAAUGCGUGAUUUGCUUGAUGAUUUACGUCGAGUUGUAUGCAAAAUUGAGUUGGGUGGUGAUGAAAAUGCGAAGAAACGACACAGAAAUAAGGGUAAAAUGCUAGCAAGAGAGCGCAUCAAUAACUUGCUGGAUACGGGUAGUGCCUUUUUGGAAUUAUCGCAGUUGGCUGGCUAUGAAAUGUAUGGUGACGAGGAAGUGCCAGCUGGUGGUAUCAUAACGGGUAUUGGUAUGGUUGCAUCAAGACUGUGCAUGAUUGUUGCAAAUGAUGCAACUGUUAAAGGUGGUACAUACUAUCCAAUCACCGUCAAGAAACAUCUGAGGGCACAAGCAAUCGCCAAAGAGAAUAACCUACCAUGCAUAUAUCUGGUUGAUUCUGGUGGUGCCAAUCUACCUAGACAGGCUGAUAUAUUUGCGGACCGUGAGCAUUUUGGGCGGAUAUUCUUUAAUCAAGCAACAAUGUCCGCUGAGGGUAUAGCGCAAAUAGCUGUUGUUAUGGGUUCAUGUACUGCGGGGGGUGCUUAUGUACCAGCAAUGGCUGAUCAGUCGAUUAUCGUUCGUGGUAAUGGCACCGUCUUUCUUGGUGGACCGCCUCUCGUCAAAGCAGCUACUGGAGAAGAGAUCAGUGCCGAAGAAUUGGGGGGUGCAGAUCUGCAUUGUAGUGAAUCGGGUGUGACUGAUUAUUACGCAUUGUCCGAUAAGCAUGCGCUGAGUUUGGCUCGAUCUGUUGUUGCGGGUUUGGGUGUUAACAGCAAGACGAUGAAUUCAUACGUGAUGGAUGCAGAGAAUAAGGUGAUUGCUGAUGAGCCAUUAUAUGAUGCAGAGGAAUUAUACGGCAUUGUUGGUGCGAAUUUAAAGAAGACAUUCGAUGUUCGUGAAGUGAUAGCACGUAUCGUUGACGGUUCACGUUUCAAUGAAUUCAAACGCAAGUAUGGAGAGACAUUGGUGACUGGUUUCGCGAACUUGUAUGGACGACGUGUUGGUAUAUUGGCCAACAAUGGUGUUCUCUUCUCGGAAUCGGCUCUUAAGGGAGCACAUUUUGUUGAGUUGUGUUGUCAACGGGAUAUCCCACUGAUAUUCCUACAGAAUAUAACUGGCUUCAUGGUUGGUCGGGACGCCGAAGCGGGUGGUAUUGCAAAGAAUGGCGCAAAGCUGGUGACAGCCGUAGCAUGUGCUCAAGUACCGAAGAUAACGAUGGUCAUCGGCGGGUCGUAUGGUGCUGGUAAUUAUGGGAUGUGUGGACGUGCGUAUGGGCCACGCUUUAUGUUUAUGUGGCCGAAUGCACGUAUUUCGGUGAUGGGUGGUGAACAGGCAGCGAAUGUGUUAGCACAGGUACAGUGUGAUGCUCGUAAGAGAGCGGGUAAGUCGUGGACAGAAGAGGAUGAACGCAACUUGAAGCAACCAAUCGAGGAACGCUUCGAUCGCGAAGGUCAUCCUUAUUUUGCAUCUGCACGACUUUGGGAUGAUGGUGUCAUCGACCCAAAACACUCAAGACGUGUCCUUGGACUAGCUCUGCAAGCUACUGCUAACGCACCAAUACAGCCAACUAAAUUUGGUGUUUUUCGCAUGGACUAUCGAUCAGAACUAUUCGCCUUCAGUCAUCGCAUUGGAGCAGCAGAAACGCUUGGAAAUGAUCAGUUGAUACGUGCGAUGACCAAUGAAACAUUCUUCUCGAGAGCCGACGUACAGUCGGAUUCAUCGGGAGCACAACCGUCCAAAGAGGAUUUCAUUGAAUCAAAGCAACAUAACUCUCAACUCAUCUCUAUUGGUGAACAUAAAUUAUUAGAUGUUAUUAGUGGUUAUCUGCGUUAUUCACUGCCAAGUGCACCUGAAGAAUUGAUUCAAGCUGUUACGAAUGAGUUGAGUUCGACUGAUUCGAUUGCUUCAUUGGGCAAGAAUCUCGGUAUUGACUGUCUUAUUCGCACGGCUGAAUUUCCACCAUCUAACGAAUCACUUGCGAAUGCCUUCAAGGCGCUGCUUGCUGUUCUAGAUGCGAAACGGGCCGAAUCAUUGGUAGUAAGUGUAGUGGUACCGCAAUUAUUGGAUAUUGAUUUCAUUGAGGUAUAUCCACUCAGAGAUCCGUACCAAGUUCUUACGAAUAUUCUCCAGUCAAAAGGUUUCAAAUGCAUUGAACCAAGAUUACAACGUUCGGCCGGAGUGGUCAGUGCUGAGCCGGUUUACAUCGUCGGCGCCGGUGAGAGUCUUUCAAUAGCAGUGGAUAUGGCAUCGAGAGAAGCUCUUUUAAGACAAUGGGGGUUAUCGUCGGAUCGCUGUUUACCAUUUGGUGAACGUGCGCAUUCAAUUGAUUUCAGCAAAUUUUUGCAACCCAAUGUCUAUCUGAGGGAUGUUUGCAAUGAAAAUACUGAUCUUUCUUUAUGCGAAUACGCUGAAAACAGUGAGGAGGUUUUGAACGUUGUGGAUGUCGCCAUGCAAUAUAAGCAACAAAUUGAACCUCUGGUUGGACGUUCAUUGACGAAACGUUUAAGACAUAAAUUCUCCCGAGGCUCUCUCGCAAAGCGCUCUUUCCGUCACAUGAUUAAACCGAUUGUACGAACGGUCUGUUAA